AUGGAGAGUGAGGACGAGAACGAAGAAAGGCGAGAACGAGUGCGAUCGAGGUCGAGAACGAGAGCGGAGGAGGGCGAGAACGAGAUCGUAGGAGGCGAGAACGAGAGCAGAGAAGGGCGAGAACGAGAGCGAAGCCGAGUGAGAACGAGAACGAAGAAAGGCGAUAUCGAGAGCGAAGGAAGGCGAGAACGAGAGCAGAGGGCGAGAAAGAAGGUGGAGGAGGGCAAGAACGAGAGCGGAGGAGGGCGAGAAGGCGUAGGGGGUUGGGGAUUGGAGCCCGGGCGCGGGGGCGGGCGCGACCGGGCCUGGCGUGGCCUCCCGGGGCCGGGGCCGGGCCAUGAGGGAACGCGGGCGGUGGCCGGUGGGAUCACAGGUUGUAGCGGACUUUGGCGCCGGUCGAUACGCCGCGCCGCGCCGCGCCGCGCCACCCGCGGACGCCAGCUGGGGGUUGGGCUGUGGGCUCGGCGCAGCCUUUACUCACCGCUCGCCUUCGGAUGCGGCGAGAGGUUUCGACGAUGGGCAGCGGACUGCGCUCGGCUCUGCUACUUCCUCGGUCAGAAAAGAUUGCUGCAAAAUUAUGAUGAGGAAAUUGCACAUGACAAUAUAAGACAAAAAUGGAAAAUUGAGAAAGUAGCUACUGCUUUAACCUAUUUGACUGGCAACAUUAUCAAGCCCUGGCAAAGAGAAGUCGAAAUUAAAACGGCGCUGUACGCGGGGGGCAGUGCUGUACCUCCAACGCCGCGCUGGCGCGAGCUGGCGCGUGGAUCGGGUGGCGCCGGCGCCGCUAACAGACCGACGCUCCAGAGGAGCUCUGGUGCGCGUCUUCAUUCUCGGAAGCGCUUGUUUGCGUACGCGCCCGGCGUUGCUGAAGGUAGUUCCAAAAGGUCUCCGCAGGGAUCGAACUGGUCGUGUUCCCACAAUCAACCUCUUCAAGGAGAGUACACACGAAUAACUGGGCAUUAUGUAGUGCAAAAUCUUAAAGUGUUAUUAAUUUCAAUUACAACAUAUCUGGCCAAAAUUGUUUUCAAAUGA